AUGAGCACAAAAGAAGACCAAGUGUUAUACCAUCAAAAAUCUGCCGUUAAAGUUGGGGAAAUAGAACGUUAUGUCAUCACAUAUACACCUUCUCAACGAGGUUCUAAACUCUCAGGAUCCUUAUCAAUGAUGGAAUCGUUUAAUAAAUCGCUUUUCCUUAAGCUCAAGAAUGUUUCGAAGUCUACUUAUAGCGCAAAUUACAUAAUGGGACCUUUCGAUCUAUAUUGUGACGUUCGUACCAAGGAUUACUACGAUACUCAACGAGUUGUGAUUAGUGUAGAAAAACCGCAAUAUGAAAGUCAGUUGAUACCUCAAAAGAAAUUUGUUGUUGAAUUGAUGAUGAGACAAUUGAAAAAUCAAUAUGUAUGGAUUGUGGAUGUUGUGAGUGGAAUUAUUUUCUCGACCGAUAACCAUACUUCAUAUGAGUUAACGAUAUCGUUUUCAAAGGAAUCCUUGAAAUGCAAGGUUUAUUCAGACGUUUCCACUGAAUGGUUCAAAAUUCAAAAAAUUAGUACCUCCAAAUUAUGGAAAAUUCCACCUCAAAUUUCAGAAAGUUCCAAACCCAAACAUCUAAUAAUAUUGACGCAUGGUCUACACUCAAAUGUAACUACAGAUAUGUUAUAUAUUAAAGAAGAAAUCGAGAAACAACAAAAGUUGUUUCCAAAUGAAGAACUGGUUGUUGAUGGAUUCAAAGAAAAUGUUUGUAGUACAGAGAAAGGUAUAAAAUAUCUGGGAAUACGACUUGCUGACUACGUAAUUAAGUUAGUGAAGGAAUAUUCUGCCGCAAAACUUUCCUUUAUUGGUCAUUCAUUAGGUGGGCUAAUUCAAAUGUUUGCUAUGACAUAUAUUUCGGUCACAAAUCCAAAUAUUUUCCAAAAUAUUGAACUGUCUAACUUCAUUGCAUUAGCAUCCCCUCUAUUAGGUCUUGGUGCACAUAAUCCUAAAUAUGUGAAAUAUUCUUUAUCACAUGGUGUAAUGGGACAGACUGGAAAGGAUCUUGGAUUACAUAAAAGUAAAACAAACGAUAACAUACCUUUGUUAUACUAUUUAUCUGGUGAGCCUACGCGAUCAAUUUUAAAGAGGUUUAAAAGAAGAACAAUAUAUGCUAAUUGUGAGAAUGAUGGAAUUGUCCCUUUAUAUACAUCAGCUUUGUUAUAUCUUGAAUAUACUCAAAUACUUAACAGUUUACAAGAGUUCAAACAAAAGAAGCAUGGAAAAAAAAAAGUUUCUAAUGCAUCAUUACUUACAUCUGUAACGUCACUAGUAAUGCAACCAACACCACCAUCUGCAUAUAUCGACGACCCCUCAAUUGGAGGAUAUCCAAUACUUCAUGACAAGGUAUACACUAUGGACGAUUGUCAAAAAUUAAAAGAGAAAUAUGCAGAUACCAUUUUGAAACCUUAUCUAAAACAUAAAGUCAAAGGCAAGGAUAAAAGUUAUCAAUGUAUCAUUGCUGAUAGACUGCAAGAAGGUAUUGAUUGGAGGAAAGUAAUUGUCGCAUUACCUCCAGACGCUCAUAACAACAUCAUAGUAAGACGCCGUUUUACGAACGCAUAUGGUUGGUGUAUAAUUAGCCAUCUGGUAAACACACAUUUUAGUGAAGAAGAAGAAGCUUCUAAAUACAAGAACGACACACAAAUUGAUCAACCAACUGAGACCGAGCCAGUAGAAUUAGAUAACUCAUGGUUGACAACUUCGGAUAAGAGCUCAUCUGGUAUUCUUUCCAGUACCUCGAACCUGAUUGAUCGGAAUUGGCAUAGACGUAAAUCGGCUCUUGUUACUGCUGCCGAUGAACCACUCGAACAAAGGACCUCAAUAGACGACGAUUGA